AUCAUCGGAACACCCAGAUCGUGAGCCAUGCAAAGCGUACUGAAUUCGGUCAAAGGGACGGCCCUUGGUGUGGCCGAAUAUUUAACGCCCGUUCUAAAGGAAUCCAAGUUCCGUGAAACGGGAGUGCUCACACCGGAAGAAUUCAUAGCGGCCGGGGACCAUCUAGUGCACCACUGCCCUACGUGGUCGUGGGCUGUGGGCGACGAGAGCAAAAUCAAACCCUACCUUCCAAAGGACAAACAAUUUCUUAUCACACGCAACGUGCCCUGCCGAAGGCGCUGCAAACAGAUCGAGUUCGUCGGUGAGGAGAAUCUGGUCGAGGUGAACGAUGCGGACGGUGGCUGGGUUGAGACUCAUCACUACAAUCCGGACGAAGCGGGAAGUUCGGGGUUGGAAGAAAAAGUGUGCGAGAUGAAGCUGGAUAGCUCACGGAUCGAGGACGAACUGGCGGCGGACAUGGAUGACCCGCGAAAUCUAGCAGGUGGAGACGGUGAGGACGAUGGUGGCGAGGAUGAUGAUGAAGGAGCGGCCAUCGAUAUGGAUGAGUUCGAGGAGAGCGGUUUGCUUGACGCGGUCGAUCCGUCGAACGCACUUUUGCCGGCACCGAAUGAAAAACCGUCCGAAGCAUCUGUGUCCACGCUGGAAGCGGAAGGUGAAUCCGUCGUGCGUACGCGAACCUACGAUCUGCACAUUAGCUACGACAAGUAUUAUCAAACGCCCCGUCUUUGGGUGGUUGGGUACGAUGAGAACCGGAAGCUGCUGACCGUCGAGCAGAUGUACGAAGACGUGAGUCAGGAUCAUGCGAAGAAAACCGUCACCAUGGAAUCGCACCCGAAUUUACCCGGCCCCAAUAUGGCGUCGGUGCAUCCGUGCAAACACGCUGAUAUUAUGAAGAAAAUCAUCCAAACCGUUGAGGAGGGCGGCGGCGAACUCGGAGUGCACAUGUAUCUGAUCAUCUUCCUGAAGUUUGUGCAAACCGUUAUUCCAACAAUUGAAUACGAUUUUACUCAGAACUUCAACAUCACCAACCACAAGUAGGCGAGCAAGCAAGCGAGCAAGAGACCCCUAACGUGGACGCUUCGCAUACGCAACGGUUUGGAUGUGAUGGAUAGCAAUAACUCGAUUGCCGGAAGAGGUGUUAAUAUAUUCAUUGUUGCUGCCCGCUAUUGCUGCUAAUGCGACCGUGAUCGUUGUGGAAAAGCUCUCAUUUUAAGUCGUUCCGGUACACGGGUGUGUAGGAUUUAAACCGUAACGCAGAAGGUUUGUGACAAUGACUCAGAAAACAUUAUUUUCUAUCAUCACGACAUUAGGUCACAUCGUUUUCAAUCCUCCGCUGUCGUGCUGGUAAUGGUAAUGAUAAUUAAUUUUUGUAAAUUACGUUCAUUACACUUUGUUUCAGUUUUCCGUUUUUGUAGUUUUAUCGGUGUUUCUUCCGCAAACAUACAAAUCGGUACAAACCAAACGCAUUGCGAGUGCAUGGGGCACCGCUCGUAAUAAAAGCAUCAAA